AGACAUCUUAUAUUUGCGAAAUCUUUGACACUUGAUGACAUUGAGGGUGUAUUUAAGGAGAGUAACAUUUUUACUAACAUUUUUACUAUGGCUUUAGAAAACACAGAAGAUGUAUUGAAAUUCUUUUAUAUGCUGAAGAGGUAG